UUCGAUUACCUAUCAUAAAUUGGUAUUAUACUAUAUUGCCGAUUUGUUGUGAUUAAUUUUUUUUUCUCUACUCAUAUUAUCCCUCUUCCCUCUCGGACGCAACGACAACCGCUGUCUCGCCGUCACUGCCAUCACGGGACGCGAUAAUAUCAUAAGAGUUAAUAUUUGCUAUAAUAUACUAUCUCCGCGGCCGUCGUCCCGUGUCGCUGUCGGAUCGGUCAACCGCCCGACUGCUGUCGUCCUGGUGGUUUUAUGCGACUAGGCAUAACCUCAUCACUGCCGCCAUCACAGCCAACGUCUCUGUCUUCCGCCAUCACGUGCGUCUCGGUCCGUCCCACGUGCGACGACAACGGUCUACUACUUCAUAAUAAGAGAUAGUGAUUGCCGAGCGGGUGGUGUCGUUGGUAACGGCGACGGCGGCGGCGGCGGCGGCGGCGGUGGCGGCGACGACGACGACGGCGGUGGUGGCAUCAGCGACUGACUUUUACUUUUGUCCCUACCGGACGGCGGCCGUCUUCUGCUGCUGGAGCUGCCGGCCGGUGGUGUUGACGUCGUCGUCGUCAUCGUCGUCGCCAUCAUCGUCAUUGUUGUUGUUUUUGUUGUUGUUGUUGUUGUUGUGCACUCUCGCCACCUCCACCGCCGUCGUAGCUUUCGCCGUCACUUAAUCAGGUCCGUCACACCGACUACAAACAUCGUCGAAGUGAUGCAACAACAAUGCGGUUUUUGCGCCGCGGUGUCCGACCUUUUCCGGAGGAUCAUGUGCUUUAACGGCAGUAGGAGGGGAAGCGACCAGUCUUACUAUCACGAGCUGGACAACGACGACCCUCAGAUUGCACUAGUGACUGCUGAUCCUACAAACGUAUCAGCUCAUUCUCCAGAUGUGAUUUACAUUCGACUAAGAGACGAUUCUCCUACAGAUGACCGGUGCAGGAGACGGUCGCGAUUGCUGUCUGAGGGUGAGGUAGUGCUACUCGAGUCGGUAGCCCAUCACGGUAAACGGUUACCCAACGGCCGGUUUCUUACCAUGCACAAGCGUAGGCGGAAAAAGCUUACCACCCGAUCCUUGUCCAACGAGAAUGCGCCAGCGCUAUUGGACGACAUUCACCACGGCCAAGUCCAGUGUGUGCUCAAGCACGUCUGGAAAUGGCCGUUCAACGCUUUUGCAUUAGACACAGCUACAGGGGGAAGAUCGCUUCCAGUACUUUGUGUUCAUCUUUUCCAUUGGUACGGUCUAAUGGAACACUUCAAAUUGGACGUGGUCCAAGUUUGGAAACUCUUUAGUCUCAUAGAAGAAGGGUACCACAGCACAAACCCGUAUCACAAUGCCAUCCACGCUACCGACGUAACCCAGGCAAUGCAUUGUUUCCUGCAAGAAGACAAGAUCAAAAACUUCUUGACACCGCUUGAAAUCAUGGCGUCUCUUAUAGCAGCUGUUGCUCACGAUCUCGACCAUCCAGGUGUCAAUCAACCAUUUCUUAUCGCGACCAGUAACCAUUUAGCCACUCUUUACGAGAACACUUCGGUGCUAGAGAAUCACCAUUGGAGGUCGGCGAUUGGCUGUCUGCUCGAAAGUCACGUAGCUGAGAAACUAAGUCCCAUAAGACAAGACCUAGAGUCGCAAAUAAGUUCACUGAUCUUGGCCACGGAUAUUACAAGGCAACCAGAAUUUUUGAAAAAAUUCAACGACUAUCUGGAAAAUGACGAAUUGGACAUGAAGGAUCCAGAGUUGCGGCACUUCAUACUACAGAUAGCACUUAAGUGUGCUGACAUAUCGAACCCGUGCAGGCCGUGGGACGUGAGUCGCAAAUGGAGUCUGAAGGUUUGCGACGAAUUUUUCAGACAAGGCGACUACGAAAGGCAGUUGGGAUUGCCAGUCACUGAUAUUUGUGAUCGAUACAACAAUACGGUGCCAAAAAUUCAAACUGUAUUCUUCAAGUUCAUGGUGUUACCGUUGUUCAAUUUAUGGCACAAGUUUUUGGACACCAAGCUGUCGCACUCGAUGAUGGAAAACUUAAGGAAGAACCAACAGCAAUGGGAAGAGCUCCGGGAACGCGAAAGCUGCGACGAGCAGCAACUGAUUGCGGACGCCGACGACAUGAUGCUUGAACCGGAAAACGAACCGGAUACGCUGCAGCAACAGCAGCAGAACCGCCGGGGCUCGCUUCCGGCCGUCAUGCUGGAGACCGUAGACAAGAUGGGUCGCCGGCACUCGGUGCCCCUGAACCUGGCUCGGGUCACCGGCCACGGGUUGCCGUGCACGGUACUGCGCCGAGAAAGCUUGCAGGGCGCGCUGCCCUCCACGUUGCUGGUGCAGGCGGAAAACCGGCGACGGUUCACGCUUGGUCAGAUCCCGUAUCUGGAGGAAGAAGAGGAGGGCCUAAGUAUGUCGGUGGGCUCGUCGAGGAGUAGCGGACUGCAGCGGUCGUCCGACGGCGGUGGUUGCGGCGGUGGCAGCAGUAACAUGAGCAACAUGGACGACCGGCCGGUAAGCGCCGAAAAUCUGAUACCGGAACCAAGUAUUGCGACCAUCACGAACACGGCCGAUGCAAGCCGGCUGUGCAACGUCAUACACGGCGUCACAUCACCGGUCCUCGGGUACCAGGCGACGGCUGGAAGCUCCAGAGGCCUGACCAGGCAGCAGACGUUCCCUCCCAUCCAGCCGUACGUCCGUGCUCGGUACCUGUCCACCGGUGGUGAUACAGCGGCGCCGUGUUCGUCGUCCAGCGGCGGCACGUCGGCCGUGUCCACGGCGUCCAGCCGGACCGGUUCGACCAGCAGCGAAGGUUGUCAGUCGGCUGGCGGUGGUGGUGGCGGUAGCCCCGGUCCUGGUGGAAACGGCACGAAACGAGACUCGAUCCUGGACACGGACCGGGUGUUUAAGUUAGCCAGAUUUUCAUCCAAUAAGGAGAAGGAAAACGUCGAUCCUGCAGCGCGGACCAACGCGGAAAUCAGGCGUAAUAGCAAUCACGUGAACCAGAUUUUGACAAGACGACGAGGUUCAGCACCGGUCGGCGCUGGAAACGGUGAUAGUAUAAUAGGACACACGACAGCCGGCAAGAGCCAAGAAGCAACUAUUCCUAGACGCGGGUCUGUGCCGUCAGAUUUUUCCAAACAGAGUGCCUUUUUUAAGGUGGUGGCCACAGGGCCACUGAGCACAAAUAGCCGGAAGCAAGGCGCGAGACGUUCGUCGCUACCGUAUGAUUCCAAUAUUGGAUUAUCGAGCUCGCCUCUUGUUUCUCCUUCCCGGCCAGAGAGAAGAGGUUCAGACGGGAGCCGACCGGGUAGCCGAAGACGUCGCAGAAAAUCAAUGAAGCGACGGAGCUCCGGCGGACCGGACGUAUUGCUAUCCACCGGCCAGUCAAUGGAUUCGUUCCUGGCGCACCGCCGCGGUUCCUUACCCGUCGAGAUACUUGCCACGUCCUUCUCGGGGCCACAUUGAGAAAAUUGAUCAUCGAAUUUUUACAUCGUAGACUGACAAAUUUAUUUCUGGACUAUAAAUAUGCAAGUCGGCAGUUGCGAUGAUAUUUGCACGAAGUUCUCGGUACUUUGUAUUAUUACCUAUAUAAUACGCUAAUUAUUGACAAACGAAGCGUAAAUAUUUUAUGGUCUUCCUAGUGCAUUAUUCUUAAACAAACAAAAAAAAAAAAAAAAAACAAUAAUGGAAUCUAUUGAUUUAUUUAUUUUAAUUGACCAAAUCUCGACGCUUAUGGUUCGUUUUUGAUUCUCGGUAACUAUAAGCUUAACACUUCUAAACAUUAAUAUUAAAUGUAAAUAUAAAACAUAUUCAUUUACUGAUACGAAUCAUAUAUAUAUAUACAUACAUAUUAUAUAAUUGAUAAAUUGUAUUAUGUAUGAUCACUUAACUGUUUAUUUUAAACAGUUUUUCACUCAUUUCUAACUGUGUAUAUGUGGUACAUAUCAUGCAUUUGUGUUGACCAUCUUUGCCUUUUUUACAACUAUUAUUAUUAGUCUAAGCUUAAUAGGGCACGUCGCAUGCCGCCUUUGCAUGUGCGAACCUGUGUCGCUCAGUUUACCUUAAGGUAACAUUCUGAAGGAUCUGUUGAUGCAUAUUUUAAUCGUUAUCCAUCCACAUAAAACAUAUUGUAUUUAGUGCUCCGCUGUAUAAUACAUGUCAAGACCGAUUUACUUGGGAAAUAAAUGUUUAAAAAGUAUAAAAUAUGCUUCCACGGUAUGAUACAUGAAAAUAAAAUAUGAUUUCGAGUCAUUUGAAUUCGAUCGACUGCAUUAAACUAUGUGUGGUCCACAGUAGGCAUAGGAUCAUCUGUGUAGAUCACAAUUUUAUUAUUGAAUGACAUCAAAUACAUUGUGCUGUUCAAAUGUAGUAUAUAUUUUUUUCCUUCUUCUUCUUCUUCUUCUUCUUCUUAUUUUUAUUUUUAUUUUUAUUAUAAUUAUAAUUAUUAUUAUUUUUUUUUUUUUAAUAAGUGUAACGAAAAAUCACUGCCAUUGUACUGAUAUUCUUCAUUAUAAUACUACAAUUUUUGCGCAUUGCGUUAUGCUUUAGUUUGAUUAUUAAUUUUGAGUUACUAAUUUAGAUAAUCAUUUUAUUAAGUUUUUCUUUGAUUAAAUUAAUCCUCUUUGAGUUUAUUUAUCUGUUUUAAGUGCCAAAUAUGAGAUAGUAUUGAAACAAUAACUUCCGUAUUUUUAAAAUCCCUCUUUAUAGGUACAAUAAAAUAAAAAUAAAAAAUGAAAAAUUGAACAAAAAU